AUCUCACGAAAGGGAAGCGCUUGGGAGCACUCGCGAGAUCUGGCGACCCGACUCUACACGCUCUCGGGAAGUUUAAGGCCCAAUGGCCGGAGCUGGGCCGACCAUGCUGCUACGAGAGGAGAAUGGCUGCUGCAGUCGGCGUCAGAGCAGCUCCAGCGCCGGGGACUCCGACGGGGAGCAGGAGGACUCGCCGGCCGCGCGUGCCCGGCAGCAGCUAGAGGCGCUGCUCAACAAGACCAUGCGCAUUCGUAUGACAGAUGGAAGGACACUAGUCGGCUGCUUCCUGUGCACCGAUCGCGACUGUAACGUCAUCCUGGGCUCCGCACAGGAGUUCCUCAAGCCGUCUGAUUCAUUUUCUGCGGGAGAGCCCCGUGUGCUGGGUCUGGCCAUGGUGCCAGGCCACCACAUCGUUUCUAUUGAGGUCCAAAGGGAGAGCCUGGCGGGGACCCCGUACCUCUGACCACGAUCGCACUUCUCUCUGAGACCAUUAAACCCUGUGACCAAA